AUGGAAUCCGAGUUGAUACUAAAUGAGCACAUCAAGGAGCUCCACAUGAGCGCCUACGCCGAUCGCCUAAAUCGUGUCAAAAAACGGGGCACCUUCGCAUUAGCUGUGGAUCCGAUGCGAACCUGCUUCCAGUGCUACCGAGUUGUGGACUCCUUUAUCGCACUUCAAGUUCACAUCGUCUGUGCCCAUGGCUCACUAUAUCCGCUGGUUUGCGGUCUUUGCCACAGUCCCUUCACCCUUCAAGGACUAGCAGAUCCUCGCUGCAGAGCGAGGGCAGUUGAAGUAAUGCGCGAGGCCACAGAGAAGGUGGAUCCAGAAAUUCGUGAUUGCCUCGUCUCCAACGGCUACCUCGCUGACAUCGACAUCUGCAGCAGUUUGCCAGAAAUCCAAUUAGAUGCCAAAGUUUCCACAUUCUUCCAGAGUAUAAAUGUUGGACUGGCGCGUGCCAUUGCAGUCGAGGAGAUGAAAGAAGUUCGCUCUGCGAUUCUUGCAGGUUAUGGAGCUAUGCAAAUUCCGGCAGCAUUCCUUCUUGAGGCUGUGCAAGCUCAUGAACGUCAGCAUGUUGAGCAGAUCCGAGAGAGGCAUUUUGGAAUGGCGGCCUUCUCAGGCGUGCCAGAGUGCGGGGUCAAGAAGCAGAAGAUUUCUGCGAUGCUCUAUGACUUCUCUAAAAAGUAUGGAAAAAUUGUGAACUGGAGGAUACACAGCGAAUGCGAGGUGUUGAAUAAGCUUCUGCACAUGAAAAUUGACAGGCCACUUUUGAACCAUCUCAACAGCCAAUGGGGCGUACAACACGACUCGAAAUUGCACUCGAUUGAAAGGACUCCGACGGCCAACGUCUUGACACCAGAGCUGUUGGCCUAUUUUAAAGAACUCUCAGCGAAGACUGCCAUUGAAGAAGAAUAG